UCCCGCCUUAGUGUCGCAGAGGUGGAAAAAUUGAAAAGCAAAUGUAGGCGUCCUGAUGGUUUAAAAUUCGAGGCCUUUUGUAAGGAUUCAACGCCUCCUGAAAGCCUUCGUCAUCCCAAGGUGAUAGUUGUUUGGAAAGCUCAAAUAGAUGCUGGUUUGAGACUCCCUCCUCCUAUUCUGCUGGUUGAUGUUUGUAACUAUUUUCACAUCCCCUUUUUUCAAGUCGCUCCUUCUGCCAUUCGGAGAUUAUAUGCCUUUCACGUUUUGUGCCGCGCUCACGGUGUUGGGGACACCGCCAAAUUGUUCUGUCAGACCCAGACUCUCCGCAUGCAGGGCAAUCCCCUGUAUAGCUUUGCUGCUCACCCGAAAUAUCCUACCACCUUCCUUUCCUCUCUGAAUUCUUUCGAUAAGGGUUUCCUGAAAUAUUAUUGUUAUGUGCGCACCCCUUUCGGCAACUGGCGCGAUUAUGGUGCUUCGGAGCUGGAAUGGCAUACAAGUCGCACUACUUAUAAACCAGCCUCUUCCGAAGUCCCUUCUACUCGUGACCAGAAUAUUAUAGCUCACCUUAAUGCUAUGAAUAAGGCCCACCCUCUAGACUGUAGGUACCUGGCCGAGAACAAUUCCUCUCUGGCAUAUAAUGGUCUGUUUCCCCUGUAUCCAGAGAGAUCAAUAGAUAUGUCUUGGAGAUCGAAAUGUGGGGACAAUUUGCCUGACACCCCUUCUCUUGCUGGCCGAGGAGCACAUGGCUCGGGCGGUUCUGCUUCCGGAACAAGUCCCUCGGAGCAGCCUGCUGGUUCCCAACUGAUCCCCAUUCCCCCUGUAGUUGAAAUCCCAGAGGGGAAUGUGGAAGCCUCGCGCCCUUUUGAUGCGGAGGAAGUUGAUGCGGGUGCUCUUGUUCACAGGGGGAGGCACUCCAGUGCUGGUGAUGCCGCUGGCACCCGUGAAGAAGAUGUCCAAGUCGUGGAUAUCACCGAUGAGAUUCCUUCACCUGAUUCGGCUCCCGAUGCCACCCUUGCUGAUCUUACGAAGAAGAGGAAGAGAGGUUCCCUGAUCUCUGUGGGUGAGAAGGAGAGACAGGAGGGCCUAAAAAAGGCUGGCAAGUCCUCAGAGCCAGCGAGGAGGUCUGCUGGCGGUGUGAAGAUUCUCACUCCUGCUGGGGACAAGGGCAAAGGGCCAGCGAAGAAGUCAGCUGGUAGUUCCAAGGCUCUCCCCUCUGCCGGUGGAAAGGGUAAGGGCAAAGCUGUGGUGCCCUCGGCUGACGAACCAGAGGAUCUUGUUCCUGGGCCGAUUUCGAGUCUGUCGGGGCAGAAAUUAAUUGAUGCUUUGAUAGCUCGUGUCCAUUCUCAGGAUCAGGAAAAGAUGGAGGCGCUGACGCGCGGGGCUUUGGCUACUAAGUUGUGCCAGCUGGCUCUUCAGAUGGAAUCCGGGAUCUGGGGAGCUGUCAAGUGUAUUCAUGAUUAUGAUGUGUCUGAAAAAGAGAGAGAGAAAGAGCAAGCGGACGUCGCUAAACGCGAUGAUGAUGUUGCUGGAGUUGUGGAGCGCCUAAGCAAGGCUGAAGCGGAGGUUAUUGAGUUGAAAGCUAAAUUAGCUCAGAUGGAGGUGGAGAAGGCGUCCUUGGCCUCCGAAUUGUCGAGAGCCACAAAAGAGAGCCAUGAAUGCCUGGCCAAGUUUAAAGCUGAUUAUGAAAGAGACUACGAAGAAGCCAGGCGGGGCUGGAAAAGGAUACUUGUGGAAGCUCAGAACCGUGCGUACGUCCUGGGGGCUCGAGAUCAACGCUUGGAGUACUUCUUGUCUCCGCGAGGCCAACACUUCCUGGGGGUGAUGCUGGAAGGCACUCUGGAGUCUUUCAAAAAGACUCCCGAAUACUUGGCAGAUUUCGGACCUCUUUUCGCUUAUGUGAUAGAGCAAACAGCUUCCAAGGCAUUGGAGAUGGCGGGGGCCACCCCAGAACAACUUGCCACUUUGAGUUUCAGAGCCCUGAUGGAUAACCUCCAAGACGAGGAGAUAAACAAACGGAUGGGCAUCCCUGAACACUCUCCAGAGAAGCCAGAGUGGUGGUAUCCAGUGCUAGAGAAAGCCAUUCCCUACUUUUCUCUUGGGAUUGGAUCUGACUCGCUGCCCUCUGCUCCCAUGUAUGCGCCUGCGUUCUCUGCUUCUCUGAUGAACUUUGUGAACCGGCUAUGGGAUCCCUCUGGCGAGAGCACCCGAACAUUCUCUCAGUUCGGCCUAGAGCCCCCUCUGCCUUCUGACUUAGCGGCUUCUGCCUUCACCGACUCUGCCUCUUCCUCUGCUGCGGUGGAACAGCUGUUCGACCUGUACCAAGAUGAGGAUCUGUAUGUGCAGGAAGCUGCCAAGUUAUUGGAUUUGGGAGUGCGUCUUCCCCAACCGGUGGAGACUGGCCCGUUGCCCGUGUUCACAGAGAAGACCGUUUCUGGCCAUGCUUCUGCAAGUGGUGCUCCUUCCCUAAUUCCAUCUGCUUCUGCUCCUGUCUCCUCUGCUGUUGCCCCAGCUGUCUCUGUCCCUCCCUCUUGA